UUUUUCAGAUUUGUUGGCUCAAAAACUCACUAAUUCAACGCAACCAUGUCGUAUAUGCUCCCUCAUUUGGAGAAUGGUUGGCAGGUGGACCAGGCGAUUCUCGCCGAAGAAGAUCGCGUAGUCGUCGUGCGAUUCGGACACGAUUGGGACCCAACUUGCAUGCAAAUGGACGAAACGCUCUUCAAAAUCGCGCCAAAAGUCAAGAAUUUCGCCGUCGUCUACCUCGUCGACAUCACGAAGGUGCCGGAUUUCAACAAAAUGUACGAGCUGUACGAUCCGUGCACCGCCAUGUUCUUCUUCCGUAACAAGCAUAUUAUGGUGGAUCUGGGAACCGGUAACAACAACAAAAUCAACUGGGCAGUGACCGACGGGCAGGAGCUGAUCGACAUCAUCGAGACGGUCUAUCGUGGAGCUCGUAAAGGACGUGGUCUUGUCAUCUCGCCGAAAGACUACUCGACCAAGUACAAGUACUAAUUAUUUUAAUUAUUUUCUCUGUUCUCUGUGUUCUGUAAAUUCUUAAACUGUAUCUAAAAAUGUUUCAAAAUAAUUUACAUUUUAUUCACUCGAAAACUGAGCGAUUCUAUACAAAAACAAAAAUAUAUAGGCGGCUUGAGAA